AACUGAAGACUCGGUCGAGCACGCACAUUAAAGACGCUCGCUGGCCUUUAAGUUAUGGUCUGCAACGGAGAAUAGUACACGCAAAUCCUCGCGCUCAAAGUAUUCUUCAAUCUGCGGAUCCUUGAAAGCGCCAUCACCGCAAACGCAAUCCCGUCAACAAAGGCAUACUAUUCGCGGUGCUUUGACAGUGACGCGCUCAUCUAUCCUGCGAAUAUAAACUCAACCAAGGCUGUAUGCCUCACGUCACGAUGCACCGAGCUCUAGCUGUCCCCGAGCUCCUCUUCCUGAUAGUCAACGAGGCCAAUAGCGACGACGACGAGGGGCCACCCCGUGUUUCCGUUCUAUCGACGCUUCUCGCUCUGGCGCUUACAAGCCGUGCGUUCCUGGACCCCGCUUUGAAUCUCAUAUGGAGUGCUCAGAGCAGCUUGGGCCACCUAGUCCAGUGCCUGCCUACCGACCUCUGGACGGUAUCGGGCGACGAACAUCUGAUCCUCAAAGAACCGACGAGACCCACGACACACCAGGACUGGGAGCGUUUCGAUUUCUACGCUCGACGUGUUCGAGAGCUAAUCAGCGAUUCGGACGAGCACCACUUUGCCGGACGCCCCUCCCGUGUAAUCUCCGAGAGCCUCUUCUUCUGGCUCCAUUCGUCAAGACCUGGCCACCUGUUGCUUCCAAACCUGUCUACCCUCAGCUGGGGGAGUAGUAUACCAAGCGGGUAUUACGGCUCUGUGCAUCUGCUUUGUGGCCAACAGCUUUCUACGUUCCAUAUAGGAGGUUCGACACCGCGGUCUACCUCCGAUGUCAUUGCUCAAGCCCUUCUACACCUUCCGCAGCGCUCGCCUCUCGUCCGAGAGCUGAGGAUCAUACUUGUGGAGAAUGGUACAGCCAUCCAACCUGUUCAACCCAUCCUUGGCGAUGUGUUCGCGUCGCUGAAAAGGCUGCAGAUUCUCUCGCUGCAGUCGGAGCUACCCAUGCCAUUCAGUGCCUUUGCGAUGUUGGCAUCCUUGCCUCACCUCACGCAAUUGAAGCUUGUAUCCGAGGACGGCGCGAUAAUGACGUCUGUUCCGUUGAAGACAGGCCGUGCGGAUCUCACCUUCCGUGCCCUAGAGGAAAUGACUUUAACAUCCUCUCCCAUGGACAGCUCUGUUGACGUUCUAUCAUCAUGUCAACUUCCCCGCCUCAAAUACAUAUACAUAAACUCGGAGAUCGCCGCAGACCCGGACACUAUCGUUCGUGUGCUACAACUGCUGCACGAACGGUGCUCGCAUACCGUGCUGGAGGGUAUCGACGUGCAUAACGUAGAUUAUAUUAGCGCCGGUGAACAAGUCAGGGAGGCCAUCAGAUUCACCGCAGCGACUAUGCGACGUCUCUGCGACUUCCAUCGUAUUCGCCUCUUCGACCUCCACACGGAUCUGUUGAUUGUGCUUGACGACGAGGUCAUCAAGCAACUAGCCAUGUCGUGGCCUCGCCUCGAAUUCUUGCACUUCUUGAGUGCGAAUGAUCACCCUUGGCACACUCCGACGGCGACGACGUUGAAAGGGCUGGUCCAUCUCGCGCGAUACUGCCCCUCUCUCCGGCUUCUCACUAUCGACUUGAACGCGUCAGACUCCGAUGUCUCGCUUCGUACGAAGCCCGGCGGUGGCAUCCGCAAUCAGACCCUCCGGCGCGUUACCUUCGGCCAUUCGCCUGCUCUGGGUAACACGGCGAAGAUAGCGGCCUUCCUAUUCGCGAUCUUCCCCAACAUCAUAUCAAUCAACGACGACGACGAGGUUCCGAUUGAAGAAUCUUGGGACCAGGUGUUCAACACAUACGAGGUUCUACAAAUCGUAACUCGCUGGAAGAAGCGCACCAGUGCCCAGUGACAUUGGCGAACAUGACGGGAUGUCGUAAAUGAUAGCCCCACUCUGUGGCUCGUGUAGCGUUUGUUUGCAUUGAUGGCCGAGUCGUUGCAUUUAAUUGUAACUUGCUACUUAUGAACGAAGGUGAUAUCCUGGAGUCGUCAAAUACUUCUGCACAGUAGUACGGUCUUUCCUAUUGUCUAUUUACUGCUCAUAGCCAUAAUUUCGCCUCACGCUGGACCACUCUUGCAGGAUAUCCUAUGCCAUGAAGUUGAUGAGCUGC